ACUAAAUACUAAAAAUAAAAGUGAUACAAAAGAAUUCAAAAUGAACAAGCUGAAUAAAAAGACGUGCGACUCCCAAGAGCUAAUGAAGUUGAUACAAGUCAUUCAUAAUAAAAUUGAUGUUUUGUCUGAAAACAUUAACAAAAUUAAUAAUGAAAUUAUUAGCAACAAAACAACAAUACAAAAUGAAUUAAAAGAUAUUAAGAACCAAAACACAAUAAUAUUAGACGUUUUGGCAGAAAAUACCGCUGCGAUGAAGAGUUGCAUAAAGAAUAACAUCCCAAAAUAUACAAAAACUUUUCCGAUUUCUUCUGUAGAUGAGUUUCAGAAGGUAGAAGAAACUCUCAACGAAGAAAACGAAAAGGAAUAUAUCGCAUCAAUUAGAGCAAUUUGUGGCCAACGUGGCAUUAAAAAAGGAUUGAGAGAUAUCAUAAAGCCCGAAGUUUUGGAUUUAUAUAAUUUAGAUGGAACUCACAACAAAUUGCGUCUCUUAAAUUUUCGAAAAUUUAUGCAUGUUUUAUUUGCUGGUACCUAUUGUGAAGGCAAUACCGAUAAAACAUUCAAAUCGGACAUUAGAGAUGCUUUAAAAAUAGCAAAAAAUCGCUAUUGCAAGGAAAAAAAGAAAUCUGCUGCAUCCAAAGAAAAUACAACUUCAACAGAAGACGAUUUCUUUGAAAAACACUAUAAUUUAUUAAUAAAUUCAUAAGAAAUACAAAAUUACCUAAAUUUACUUUGAAUUAUUUUUUGUUAAUUGCCUUUUUUGUUCUCAAACAUAUUGAAUUGCUG